CUCAAAUAAUUUUAUCGUUUUAUCUGUUAACUGCGGUUUUCCCUUCAUAAUUGUUUAAGGAUUUUGUUUACUUUUCAGACUCACGUUGAUCCUAUCAUCCAUCCCGGAGUUCUUCUUGAUCCUGCAGAAGAUGUUUCGUGGUCAGAUGACGAAGUAGAUCCGCAGGUAGACACUUUGGUAAAGUUGGUGGAGGAAGGAUUCAAGUUCAAUAAUGAUAUGUUUCCUGGUGGGUGCAUCCCAUCUGAAGUUGUUGUAGCCCCCAAAAAACAAAAAAGAACUGCAAGUUUGAAAGGUGGUCGUGUCAGGAAAUCUUCAAAGCAGGGCAGAAUCCAAAAAAAUCCAACCGGGAUUCGAAGGACUCAACAAUCUGUGCAUAAUGAGGAAGAAUUUGUUGGUUUGGUUGAUAUGAACGCGUUAUCUCGGAUGUUAGAUGCUAAAUUGAAUGCGCAGUACAAAAAGAUCAUUAAAGGUGUUUCUGAUUGGUUUAUUGCAAAUACUUUGAUUUCUGCGGAGAAUGGGGAAGAUGUUCCUGCUGAGAAUGGUAAAGAAGUUUCUGUGGAGAAGAGGAAAGGAAAAAAGGUUCCUGUUCCCCAGUCUAAUCCUCUCCACAUUUCCGAUGGAGACGAUGAUUUUGACACUCUCUUUCCCUUCCAUCCGCCGAGUCGUCGUUCUUCUCGCAUUGGCAAAGCUGCCCAUCGCGUCCCCCAAGUGCCCGACGAGGGAUUGGGACUCAACAAUUCUGUUGAAGGGAUAGCUUCUUAUUAUAACCGCUUUUUAUCUGGCGAUUGCAGUGGGUCAAGGUCAGCGGAUGGUCUAGCGAGUCAUGUUGAUGUUGAAGAAAACGGUUUGGUUAAUUGUCAGUCAUUAAAGGAAGGUAGCAAAGUGUCCACCAAAGAUGGUAACAAUGGUAAUACCGCGGUAAACAACAAUGAUGAUAACUUGGAGGGUGAUCAUGAGAUCGGAGAUCCGGUGGAUAAUGUGCGGGCACUGGAAGAGAUUACCGCAUCAGUCGGAAACCAACAGGUUAGCCGUUAACAUUGAGAUGUUAUUGUUAACGUUGUGAGGUCAUUCGAGUUAAUUUAUAUAUUUCUUUCAGGCAAUCCAGGAGGUCGACAGUCAGUCUGCCACUGUUGUUUCUUCUGAGGACACGGAAAUGGGAGAUGUUGCCGAUAAGGAAGCAGCACACACUGAAGGAGAUGAUGAAGAGGAGUUAGCAAUUGAAGAUAUUGCCCCCAAGGAUAGUGAACUUAUUCAGGAUUCCCAAAUUGAAGCUAUAGGUGACGAGGAAUUAUCAAGUCGAGAUGCUUCCCCAAAACACGGGAAACCUAUUCAGGUACAAUAUCCUUUUAUUAAGAAAUGAAAUAUCAUACCUUAUCUAGUAAACCUUUUAUUAGUUUUCUAACCAACUAGUUA